AUGCUCCCCACAGGAGAGGGAGCAGAGGCCCAGGGCUGCCAUCUGGACAUGCAGCUGGCGGGCAAGGUGGUGCUGUCUGCCGCUGCCCUGCUCCUGGCGACCGCAGCCUACAGGCUGUACAAGCCAAGGCCUGCCCAGGCCCCCCUGGGGGGUGGGAACGCCAAGGCUGAGGCCAAGGACGAGGCAGAGGGCUCCAGGCAGCCUGCCAUCCAGGAGGCUGUUUCCGGGGCGCCACAGUGGGGCCUGAGACGCCGGAGGGGAAGCAAGGGGGUCGGAGUAUCGCUGGGCUGCAGCUGGGAGAAUCCGGAGGGUCCCGGAGUCCUGGCGACAGGAGCACCUCCUGCAGACUCAGAAGCCCAAGCGACUGGGAAACCCGAGAGGAAAUGUGCUGGUGAGGAACAGGGUGGGCAGUGCACGGACUCUGGCCUGGCACCUCCUCGGGGCAGUGGCCAGGAAGCCGGAACAGCUGCUGGCGGUAAGCUGCCCUGUCGCGCCCAUUGGUGCAGUGAACCCCAAAGCUCCCUAACUGGCCUCGCUGCAGCGGACGGCAGCGGUGUGAGCGGUGACCUUGCCCCAUGGCGGGACAGCAGAUCCCAGGAGCACCUGGGGGCCGGGGAGCAGGAAUCCUCCGACCGGUGCGGGGCGGCCCACACAGAAGGCAAGAGUGACAUGAACAAGAGCUGGGUCUUUACGCGUGUGACAGGGGUCCACAGGGAAGAGGCUGGGGCCCUCCGGGCUGCCUCGGACAUGGGCCUGGCCCUGCGUCAGCAGGAGGGAGCCACCGAGUCCUCCUAUACCUUCUUGUCUGUGGCCCGGGUUCGAGUGGAGGAGAAUUUCAUACCGGAGAAGAUGGAGGGGACCAGGCCCAGGCUGAAGCGCAAGGUGUACGACUACUGUGUUGAAUCCACCCGUCAGGCCACCUCCAGGGACAGGCUGGCCCCCAGAACAGCAGCCCUGGCGGAGGCUCCACCCCCUGUGUCAGGGCCAGGCCCCCUGGGAGUGGGGGCAGCCUCGGGAGGCCAGGCCGAUGACACAGUAGGUGGAGUGGGGACAGCCGCCCCCCCUGAGCCUGUGCUGUCACCCUCCGCACAAGGCUUCAGCAGGAAGCAGAGCCUCCUUCAGAUCGUGGAGAACCCGGAGCUCCAGCUGCAGCUCGAAGGCUUUGGGGACCCUGCUCCAUCGUGCCCAGACCAGAGCGCCCUGCCCACCAGCCCCAUAUCCCAGGGUUCUCUUGGGUCCAGCUCAGCUGGAAGCAGCGGGAAGCCCCACCUGCACUCUGUGGCUGGGGCCAAUUUCUUUCACCUCCCACUCAGCCCUGGAUCAGCCCCAGGCGCCCACCUGGAUCUGGGCAAUUGUUAUGAGGUGCUGGCCUUUGCCAAGAAGCAGAGCCUGGAGGCCCUGAAGGAAGCCGCCUACAAGGUGAUGAGUGACAACUACCUCCAGGUCCUGCGCAGCCCAGACAUCUAUGGGUGCCUGAGUGGGGCAGAGCGGGAGCUGAUCCUCCAGAGACGGCUCCGGGGCCGCAAGCACCUGGUGGUGGCCGACAUGUGCCCCCAGGAAGACUCCAGCCGCCUCUGCUGCUAUGACGACGAGCGGGAUGUCUGGCACCCGCUGGCCCGUCUGCCCCCUGAGGCUGUGUCCCGGGGCUGUGCCGUCUGUAGCCUCUUCAAUUAUCUCUUCAUCGUGUCCGGUUGCCAGGGGUUUGGGCACCAGCCCUCCAACCGUGUCUUCUGCUACAACCCGCUGACGGGCAUCUGGAGUGAGGUGUGCCCUCUGAACCAGGCCCGCCCUCACUGCCAGCUGGUGGCCCUGGAUGGACACCUGUACGCCAUCGGGGGUGAGUGUCUGAACACGGUGGAAUGCUACGACCCUCGCCUGGACCGCUGGACCUUUUCCCCGCCGCUCCCCAGUGACACCUUUGCCCUGGCGCACACAGCCGCGGCGUGCGCCGGAGAGAUCUUCGUCACCGGCGGCUCCCUGCGCUACCUGCUGCUCCGAUUCUCCACCCAGGAGCAGCGCUGGCGGGCCGGCCCCACUGGGGGCGGCAAGGACCGCACAGCCCAGAUGGUGGCGGUCAAAGGCUUUCUCUAUCGCUUUGACCUCAACCGCAGCCUGGGCAUCAGCGUGUACCGCUGCAGCGCCAGCACCCGCCUCUGGUACGAGUGCGCCACAUAUCGGACCCCUUACCCGGACACCUUCCAGUGUGCCGUGGUGGACGACCUCAUCUACUGUGUGGGGCGCCAGCGCACCCUCCGCUUCCUGGCCGACUACGUCUCCCCCAGGUUUGUGCCCGAGGAGCUACAGAGCUUCCCCUCCCCGCAGGGCACCCUCCUGCCCACCGUCCUGACCUUGCCCGGCCCUGAUGUGCCCCAGACCAGGGUCUAG